CAACGAGAUAAGUUGGAGAUUCUUUCUGCUAAUUCGUAGAUGGCUAGUGCGGUCCGUUUUGUCUCUGUUUCUAUUUUGCUUCUUGAACUCUCGAUCCACGGGGUUGGAAGUCCUCUGCGCUCUUCCCUCAAGCCUGAAACUCCCACAGCAGAUGCGAUGGCGAUUCCUGAAGGAUGCGAAUUGAGAAAGAGAACGUUUUCGACAAAAGACGUCAACUGGACCAGAUUGAUACUCGACAGUGGCGACAUUGACUCGACCGUCUCGUUUGACGAAGAAAUGGCCAGCUUACAAGACAAAAACUCUUCUAUAUCGCUUGACGAAAAUUUUAGCAGUAUUCACGACAUAAGCUUCACCAUCUCCUACUGCUCAGGUCGAUGCCUUCAACACAACUUGAAGACAAAAGGACACGUGAUCAAAAACGACUAUGCGCUACAAAUGCGAAAUUUGGUGAAAAGUUGCGAGGACAAGGGCACAAACUGUGAGGAGAUGUCUCCGUGCUGUGUUCCCAAACGAAUUCACGGAGAAGACGGCAAGAUCGAAUUUGAAAAAGGGAGUGUUAAGGUUGCGUAUUGGAGUAAACAGAAUGUGAUGUCGACCUUUACUUUCAAAUUUCUCAAUACGACAGUUUGUCACUGCCAGUAAUAAAAUGACUGGAUGAAUUAUCUCAAAAACGUUUAUAUUAUUAUCAUUGUUAUUAAUGAUUCUUUUUGGAAGCUUUUGUUUGUAAAUAGUAUUUGAA